GGUCAUUUAGUGUUUUGAAAACCUUGACCGGUUACCGGCCAUAUAGCCACAGCGUAAUUUUUUACAUCUUUGGACAUCAACCUGCCAGGUUAGUUUGUGUCUGUAUAUAAAUGUAGUUAAUGAAGUCAAAUCCUCUCAACUUAAAAAUUGCCUUGUACUUGAAUAUAAAAAACACCAUGGUAUGCCUUGGAAAAAAAAUGCAAAAUCAUAUUAUUAAGAUAAUAUAUUUAUUUGUAGUUAACAAUAACAGUUAGAAACUUGUGUUGAGGCCGCCAAAACCUUUCUCAGAGACCAUAAACAUUCACUGACUUUGCUGUUACAACAAGUGGUAAAAGGGUAUUAAAAUGUGAGAUUACCUCCCUGGGCUUUCACUCAAAGAGAGUAUGGGUAGUAGGACACAUUGUUUAUUUCCCUACCCUUUUUUUGCCAAGAGACCUUAUUUUAUAAUUCUGAUUCAUUUCAUUUAGCAUACAGAAUUAAGUUAGCUUUUCAACUUAGAAACAUGGAAAAAACUUGGGGAAAAAAUGGUGAUACAAAAAAUGUAACUAUAGAUUGCUCUUCAUCAACCUUCACAGCCCAAACAGACACCCUGUUCAAAACUCUAAAGGGUGAAAUGGUCACCACCCUAAAUCAGCAGCACAUACCCAUCUAGGCCAAAUAAGCCAAAGGUAGUAUCGGAGAAAGAACUGUUGAGGGGAUUGGGCUUAAGGGACACUACCUUCUUUUGAUGGUUGAUAAAAAAUCAAUUUUACCUUGUUUGUUUUUGUUGUAAAUCAAAUUCAUAACUUUCACAAACAAUAUUGAAGUUGUACAAUUUUCAAGCUCCUUCUGAUUCUCUUUAUAAACUUUGCAAAACAUUCAAUUCUUUUUUCUGUUUCUUGUAGCUCAGUCCUUUGAGGGAUUUUCUCAAUUCAUACCCCUCUCUCACUCUUAUUAGCAACUGGAUAAGCCCGUUGUCCCCACACUAAACCAUUAUAAUCAUUUCAAGUAAAAUUCAGAAGUACAGGGUAAUUUUUGUACAAACAAUUUCAAGGAAAUACUUGAAACCGAAGUUACUAUCUAAUAUAAAACUACUAAAUACAGUAUUGCUGUUGGAAAUUUAUUGAUUAUCACUCCAGUGAUAUUCCAGUGAAGGUUUUGAAGGUUCAGUAAACCCUCCCAGCUUUCUGAUAUUAAAAAUAGCUUGUACUGACAGACCCAGUAUAUGUGAAGCAAAGUGACUGGAAAAUAAAUAAAUAUUUGUUGUAGCUCCCGGUUUACAAACAAACUUACGAACCGUGAAGUAGAAAAUUGGUUUAAUGAUCAUUCCCAUAUGACUGUUGCAAGACUCGUACUAAUAUAGUGAGCUUGUAGCAUGUGUUUAGGAUAAGGAAGAGAGUUCUUAAUACCCCUGUAGGUGGAAAAAGACUAGGCUGGUUGCUCGAAAAUCAGAAAACCUUUUCUUGAUGUUUGGACGCGGGAAAACUCAAACCGAGCAAAACCUCGUAGUCCUUCCAUGUCUGUAUUCUCCGCCAUAUUUGCUUUGAAGGAAACCGGUACUCAGUCUCACUCGGCCAGAUUUCUUAACUGGGGCGCUCAUGUAAACUCGGUUCCAGACCUCGCUGCCAGCCCCCCCUGGAAUAAACCAUCCAUUACUACUUGAUUUACCCUAUCUAAGGAUCAAACCAAAGACACAAGGCCAACAACGUAAAAAAUGAUACCCUAUUAAAGGCUCGAGAUCCUCAAAAACCAUACCCUAUCAGGCGGUACUUACCUAUCUAGCCCAUCCAUAUAUGGGAUUAUCCCCCCCCGCCGAUGACUUCACCUGUCACGUGGCAAGCAAACAUGGAUUGGACGACGAAUGCCAGGUUAUUCAUGAAUUUUCUGUUGUUAAAUGUUGCCUUUCUUAUUUAAAUAUUUUUGAAUUUAAACGUGAUUCAUAUCUUUUUGGUGAUAUGUCACAGGAAGUUUCAUUUCUUUCAUAAAAGCGUUUCUAGUUUUUCACGUGAUUAAUCAAGGCAGAAAAAUUUAUAGCGGAGGACAUGCAUGUUUGACCAAAGAAAAUGUUACGGACAUGUUACAUGCUAGCUGACGCCAUCAUCUUUGUUUAUGAAGUACCAUGCAUAUUUUGGAAUUAUAUUAAUGUUGACGAAGUAAGUUGAAUCACUCUCAAAAAAUUAUUACAAAGUGCGAUGGAAUUAUUACAAAUUGCGACAGGUAUUACAAAAAAGUGCGAUGAUUAUUACAAAUUGCGACAGUACACACCUUCAUUUGUAUAACUCCCAGGAAAACUAGUGACCACUAGUAUUAGUAUCUAGGAAUAACGUUCGGAAGCAAAAAGGAAAGGAAGAUGAUGUGAAACUUACGAAGGAUACGGGGAAGCUAAAACGACAAUAAAUGCAAAUGAAUACUGAGAAAAUUCCAAAAAGUCCAAAACUAAUAUAAUUUCUGACACUUUAUUCCAAACCGAUCAUAUUUCUGGGUCCAGUGUUUAAUUUGCAUCCAGUCUGCUACACAGCCGUUCUUAGUAUCGUCAAGCAACGUUCCUCCCCAACCGGCUGUGUAUAACAGAAAACCUAUGAAUCUGUUCCUCAAAAUAUCUGUUCUUCUGGCGGGGGCAGAUUUUUGCUGGCUUGGAGACUUGGAAAAAAUAUUAUGUCCUUGGAACAAAUAAAUUUUCCCAGCAAUCUCCCAAAAUGCGUAAAAUGGCGUCAUAAAAACUUUGUUCAUGCUUUGUUGUUAUUUUUAGGUCUUUUCCUAAACUUUUCCCGUUGGGUUCUCCUGAAUUUGAUAACGGAAAGUGUCUUUAACAAUGAGAUAACAAAUCAUCUCAGUAUAAACUGAUGUAAGAUAUUGUUAAAGAUAUUGUUAAAGAUAUCAUGUUAAAAAUAUCCACAAUAAGCGCAAAGUUUAUCUUGUCAGAAUGUUUCCCAGCCAAAAGCAUUAAAAGACUGGUGUAAAAAUUUUAAUCUUCUGACCAGGUCGUUCAAGUCAGUAUGAGAUGAGAGGACUGAGAGUAAGACGUGAAUACCUGCAAAGAGGCUCAAUUUUUAAGUAUUUGGACUGCCUUCUCCGAAAGAUUUUGGUUAGAUUUUCAAUAUGCUUCCUGUCGGCUUUGCGAAUCUUGCAAAAAUGUUUUUCCUUUCUGACGAUAGUCCUUUCAGUAUCCUAGAAGAUAGCGCGAGUUUGCACAGAUACAUACGAAAUCGGCCGAACUACCGCCGACGUGUUUUCGGAUCACGAUGAAUCUGCUGUAGUUGAAGCGUUUGUAGGCGCUUGAAGCUUUCUGUUUUUUUUUUUCUGCGGUGCCUUCGUGCGUUGUUGGUGAAUGCUGGACAGGAAACAGAUUCCGCGAGAUACUGUAAGUACAAAUUUAGUAUUAAUUUGGUAAUCUGAAUAUCGAACCAAUCCCCGGCGUGAAUUAUCCUGCAAAUGGCAUGCAGUUUAUUUCAUUUUAUUUUUUUUAACAGGCAUGUAUGAGUUUCAGUCAACUCCUACAAUUCGGAUUUUUUCUUUUUUCUUUUGCUCUUAACAAGACCACAGAAAACUUCAUAAAUAUACAAACCAACGCUGAAAGAGUCAGAUCUAAAAUUAAGCUUAUUAUUUUAUUUUUGGCACUUUUAUUAAUUAAGCUAAUAUCGUUUUUACUCACGUUGGGGUUUUUAGCCACGUGUUCGGCCCACUUGAAGGACAUCAAAGUUCGACCCUUACCGAAAAUUUCGUAUUUUUUGGCCUUCGAAAUAAGUUUUUUGAGAAAUAAACCUCACAGAUCUUUAGAACAUACAUUGAAAAGUGACAUACGUAAAAAUCACCACGAUAUGUGGCAUAUUUCAGCAUUAACAAACCGAUGAAACGACUCUCGGCCUGCUUUUGCUCGCAGCCAGUAAGCCUGACCGCCAUUGUUCACAAAACCUGAGUGGACCUUGGUGGAAAAAAUCACUCAUUGGCUAGAAAACAAUGAGAAUCAAACGAAACAGCGGAGAUAAAGACCAGGGGAGACCUGGACGGUAGUUUCUCUGUCCGAACGUGUGAUGUCGGUUACGUAAAUUAGCAGCAGUUUUCGAAACGUUUUUCGAUUAUUAUUCGGUUUAGACUAUAUAUUCUAUAGGUUAUGAAGAUUAUUUUGAGUGGAAAAAUAGUAAGAUUCAACGUGCUUUCAUGUUCCGGAGAGCGAAUUACAAUAUUUGAGUACAACGCUCACUGAAGAUGUCAAGAAGUUCACCAGAGACGCCGAGGGACUAUCAACCUCAACAGGCCUAUCCAAAGCGGAUAAAACGGAAGGUAAGCAAGCACCUCUUUGCUUUAAUCUGAAAUAUUUAUUGUAUGCGAUAUUUUUUUAUCGUGCAUCGACAUUCAAUGUAUCAGUUUGUGAAACAAAGGAUCGAUUAUUUUAAUGCGUGCAAAUAUUUCAAUUUUCAUCACUUGAAUUUUCAGGGAAUGCUCACUCAUUUACUGCCUAUGAACUGUUUAGCUUUGAUUCUUUUAGUUUUUUCAAUCUAUUUUCGUGGCUGUAGGUUCACUGGAGAAACAUGUUCAUGUACGGCAUAGAUCUCUUGCUGUUUCUGGGAUUUGAGACAUACAUUGCAUUGUAUUCUAAGACCAAAUAGUUAGUUGCUAAUUGAGCUUAUGUAAGCUUUACUUUGUUGCUGCUGUUUUGUGUGAUUAUCAUCUACCAAAGUCAAAUUGCCGGCUAUUAAAUGUACACUUUGAGCUAUGUAUUAGGCCCUGAAUUCCAAAAUUUGAAAAAAGUAUUUAAUUUUUGUCUUGUCAGAGUUGUUGAACAAAGGCAUCUUUAUGGGACCUCUAUGUGAGAAAAAUAGUUUGGAUGUGGCAAAGGAAAAGCAAAAAGCCCUUGUUACUCCACUCCAGCUCCAGAACGUUUUCCUCCACGCUGUAGCACCAACCAAGGAACAUUUUCAGCAAGGAAAGUAUGUGUCUGGAAAGUGCAUCAUAUUUUCUGUUGAGCAGCUAUCUAAACACUUGACAGAAGUUUUGGAACUUAACCAGUGAGGAAACUGAGCCUGAAAAUGAAGGUGGACUCACCUUCUGGAGUUAAGAUGAACAUGCCAAAAGCUUGUCGGAAGGAAAAGCUAAGCUGGUGAAGAAGCUGAGAGAUGCACGUUAAAAAGUUAUGAUAGCCAUGAGCAAAGCAUUGUGUCCCCAGUUUCAAGAAAAUCCAAUUCUUCUUGUGGAAAAAUGAGUCAUGUACAAUUGCACUAAACAUGACUGUGAGCAAGCUGAAUGGUUCAAUGCAUCUGUCUUACGCCUUGCUGAGGUAUUCCCCCCGGGGGGGGGGGGUAUUUUUUGGGUGGUUAUGUGCUGCCCGGGACCCCAAAUUGGCACCCUGUUCUAAAAAAAAAUUUCCCUAACAUUGAUACCCCCUUCUAGAAAUGGGCCAAUUUUUUAUACCCAGUUCUAGAAUUCGCCCUAAAACUGAAACCCCGUUCUAGAAAUGGGCCAAUUUUUUAUACUCCGUUCUAGAAAGUUUGAAAAUGGAAAUAGCCCUGUUUUUUUAAAAAGAUAUUUCUUUAUUUGUUUGACUUAUACUUCAAAUAAAUGCCUCUUCAUAAUCAGCAACAAUUUUAAGCAGAAGAUAAAGCCGUGAUCCACAAUUUUUUACACCCUGUUCUAGAAAACGCCUCUGAAAUGGAUACCCCGUUCUAAAUCAGGAGCUUCAAAAUCACGACCCCGUUGGGCGGCACAUACCUGUAUAGGUAAUGUAUGGGAGUACCCCCCGGGGGUAUUCCAGAUGCGGUCGAUGCAAUCGAUGCAUAGUACAUCAUCAAAUAUGACAUUGAUGAAGAUUGAUAUGGAUUAAAGACUUAAACAAAGGGGGAUUUGAUUGUUCCUUGAUUGUUUCCAUUAACAAAUUAAGGUUGCACCGGACUUUUUAGAAUGACAACAAUCAUUUGCUAAAUUUCUUGUAAUAACAAGAGAUGGCAAUGAUACCUACCCUCUUUGUUUGCUUUUUAAAGUGAUCAUCAUGAUUGAACAUGUGAGUGUUGUCAUGAUAGUUGGGCCAGAGUUCAGUGCAGUCUUAACUAUUGCAUUUGUAAAUUAUAAGCCCCAGCAUCAAUACAAAACGUUUUCAUUAUACUGUGAGUAUGAGGUGAGGGAAGUUGUUUGAAUAUCUGCAUGAUUUAAGCUCAUGAGAAUAAAAAUUGUGCCUCGUAAGGGAAUUUGAACAGCCAUGGAUUGCAUAAAAAACCAGUUUUUGUAUCAAAAAUAGAUUUUAACUUGAUCUUUCAUUUAUUAUUCAAUGUACUGUAAUGAUUUGAUUUAGUGCCUGGGGCAUUAACAUACUUUAGGUACCUCAAGGGAGGGCGUUUAUUCAAGAUAGGGCGCUCAUUCCGGACGGGGUGCUUAUUUCUUUUUGGAGAAAUAACCGAAUGUUCAAAAUAAAACUUUAAUAUAUAUUUAAAAAGGAACAAAAGCAGAAACUGUAAAAGUAACAAAUAUGUGGUGAAUGUUCAGUUAACGUGAGGGAAAUUUAAUCUAUUUUUAUGCCGAUAGCUUUGACUGUGUCACUAACCUCAUUACCAAAAAUAAAAGCUUUCUGGUGGGGUAUCUUUGAUGUCCAAUUCGUUGAUGGUGUAGAUAGGGGGUCGUUAGGCAACACACGACUUUUAUCUCAUGCCAAAGUGCUGCUUGCUCCAAUAUAUUUUUAGAAUGGUGCUUAUUUAAAUGGGUGUGCCUAUUGGAAUGGGGGCACUUAAUGGAAUAGGGGGGCUUAUGAACAAAACACAUUUGAAGGGGGGCAGUUAUUCAAAAGGGAGCGCUUAUUGGAAGGAGGGCGCUAAAUCGAAUCAUUACGGUACAUAUCAUGUUAAAUGUUACAGUCCCAGUUGUUAUAGGCACGUUCAGAAUCUGGUUGUUACCAUAGAAACAAGCACCUUUGACUGUUUUUUACUGCAAGUGUUAUCUACCUUCAAUAACAAUUAUGAUAGAACUGCUUAUUUAUCUUGAUAUGCUGGCAUAACUAAUGUAUACAGUGUGCUACAUAACAUUUCAAGUAAUUUAGGUGGCUGCCAUAGAAACAAGACCUUUUUAACUUCAAUGUUUCUUUGUUGAUCCAAGAAAGACGCACAAAUGCAAAUUUCUUUGUUUAAAGGUGAAUUUUUUAAAUAGCCUGCGUGGCAGGCGUUAGAAAGGGAAGGGGCUGAGGGAAUUAGGGUGCGAGACCACGCGCGAGGGAGGAGGGAGGAGGGGAACGCCUGCAAGGAAGCCAUUGUUUUCGCCAUCCCGCCUACUUAUUAAAAAAAAUAACAAAAAUAAAGCAACUGUGAAUGACUAGCUGUCAAAAAGGGUCUGGCCGCGAUGCACGCAUUCUAGUCGUAUUUCUCGCACUGUUUUUCUUUUGUUUUUCCUAAAGAAAUCUAAAGUAAAGGUAAAAUAAAAAAGUUCAAAUGCGGUCGUCCUUCGAAUACCCUGGGUACCAGAGGUUUUUCCCGCGUGCGGCGGGAAUUUUCCGUGUUGGCCGAAGGCCGAAGCCACGAGCGGCGAAAGACUUGACAGAAACCGGAAACCGCGUUAGAAAAGUCUCUGGCACCCAGGGUAUCCUUCGAAGGAAUCUUCUUUGAAAGUUGCAACGACGCGUGCCGAGUUACAUAAAAUCCAACAUAAAUCUAUUCAAGUUGUUGCUGAAGGAAUCGGGUUGGAAAACUAUUUAAUAAGAAAUGGAGCGGCUCUUCGCAACUUUCAAUGCAAUGUUUGUCUAAGAAAAAUUAAAACACUUUGCCGUCACGCACUCUUUGAAUUUCUGUCAUGACGAACUGGAUCCAGCGUAGCACACUAAAGAACGCUGGCGGCGGGGAAAGAAGAGCUGAACCUCGAAGAUCUGCAAGAAGGCCACAAUUUAUUAUUAAAAUAAGCUCCUGGCGGUUUUAUUUAUUUAUUUAUUUUUUAUUUAUUCCAUAUUCACUGCAAAAGGAAAACUUAGCUAAAUUACAUAAGAGAACAAUUAACUACAUACUAGAAAAAAAAAAUUAUUGCAGUGGGGAAGGAUUAGAAGGGAACAUACGAAACCAUUCGAGCUAUAUGAUUUAUAACCGGCAAGAAGAAGUCCUCGACCAAAAAUCGCCAAAAAUAAUCUCCUGACAGGGCCUUUUCCUUCAUACGGUCCGGGCAUACGGUUCUUUAACUGCUUUUUUUCUAUUCUCUUUUGAAGCUGAAAUUGAUGCCUUCUAAUAUAACGAUGAAUUCCCGAAGAGAGAUCUCAACACGCUUCACUCACGACAUAUGUUUAGUUGUGAAUGGUAACACUCAAGUUACUGAGUGACAUGUGACCAAUUAGAACACGCUAUUUAGAUCUUAUCAAAUUUGACCAAUUAGGAUUUUAAUAUUCUCCUCAGUGCAUUCGCCUGGUAGACGUUAAAAACGAGAAAAACAAUGGUUUCCUGGCAGGCGUCUCCCUUCCUCCUUCCUCGCGCGCCCCUCGCGUUUCUCUCGCUCCUAAAACUUCCUUUCCCAAAACUCCCUUUCCCUUCCCGUUCAAACGCCUGCCAUGCAGGCUAUUUUUUUAAAUUUGACCGAAAUUUUGCUAAUUUUUGUCAUUUAUUUACAUGAUGAUGUCACGAGGAUCGCCAUGGCAACUUGAUUGACACAUCAAAUGUUAGGCUUGUCAAAGUUCUCUAUCAUGGCCAAGUUUCAAGAAAGUCGUACAGAGGGGUCCCAGGCACGGUUCACGUACCACGAAAAUGACUUUUCCGGCAAGUGCCAACGAGGCGAAUUCGUUUAUGUUUUGUGGAAUGUGCCUAUUCAGAUCUUCGCAAUAUAUAUAUUUUUUUCAUAAUUUUAGAGGUUUAAAAUGGAUUGCGCUAUAGAAAAGGAUGGGACCCAACUUCAAAACAAAAACUUUGACACAUUCUAGGCUUUCACUUUUAUUAAACAAUAACAACAUGGCUUGAAGAUUUGUUGGUAAGUAUGAGGAAGUUAUAUUAGCACUUUUGUUUCAUGGAAAACUCCAUUGUAUGAAAAAUAUAAAUGUUAAAAAGAAAAAUUUAGUUCAAAUCAGGCCUUUGACAGCUGAAAUUAAAAGUAAUAAUUAAAUUCCGAGCAACAGCGUCAUUAGGGAUAAGAAAAAUAUUUCGCGUGGUAAUAUACAUAAGAAAAAAUUGGUGUACAGCAAAAUGUGUGAAAAGCGCGACAAUGGGGCGGAAUGUAUCGCAGGCCGCCCAGACGUAGUAUGUGUUAAAUGAAUAUAUUAAUUUUCACAUGGACGAAAUAGGAUGAGUCGUCGAAACUCCCAUGAACUAAAAUAGUCCAAAAGUCAAAAUAUAACAAAACAAAGCUAAGAUACGUUCAACUGAACGUAUCCAUGUCUUUCCUGGCCGGUUAAAGUGGCAUUUUGUUGAGUUUUGCAAUUGUAGGUACUACUUUUGUGGAUAGUACAGUCGAAUCAUUCGUAUUCUAUCAAAGAUUCCUUCUUUUAUUUGAAAAUGUAUAUUUCUUAAUUAUUAUUAUUUUUUUAAACAAGUGGGGGGGGGGGGGCUAGCCUCCAGCCCCUCCCCCCUGCGAGGGCCCUGAUAAUUAAGACUGAUUGACAUGUUUCGCCUUUCUCAAAGCUCAAGAAACCUCAAGUAACCGCAAGUCCGCUAAGUCGGUCAUAAGGAUGGUUUUCAAGUCGCUUGAAACUUUCUUGAAUCGUUUCAACUUUCCGACUUUAAUGAGAUGCAAAGUAAAGUUACUUGAGAUUUUACUUCGGCCUUCACACACGAAUUUUUGGUGAAGAAAAACUUAGCAGCUCCUAAGUCUUACUUAACAGCCUAGUGCAAAGGCAAGCAUUGCGCGGCGUUAUAAUUCUGCCGCCGAGGCAACCACGCUUCUUAGCUCGGUUGCCUAGCUCGUUGGCAAAAAUUUCAGUUUCACGAAUCACGAUAAUCAGCGUGUGAAGCACUUCCUUGAUCUUGUUCUUAAGCAAAGGAAAAAUUGGCAAAGAAGUCAGAGGCACCCAACGUCAGUUUUCGGAUCACUAGACUUUCAGCUAGGAAAUCCUAACAGAUGAAAAAUUUUCAGGGGAUAAAAAUAUGCUUAUAUCUACCGUUUAAAUACUAUAAUACGUUUAACAAUGCUAUGUUUCAGUGGUUUUGGACUAUAUUGUCGUUGGGUGCCCCUGAGAGGUGACUGACACACUCAGCAAAUGGGCGACAAGGAAAAGAAAGACUACAAAUUGCAAAUUAGACUUUUAUCACUUUUGAGGGACAGAUAACUCUAACCAUCCAUCCGCUAAGUGUGGCGAAUUCUUGAAGAAACAUUAAAUUGUCAUUGUUACUGUUUCCCGUAGGAUCUCUGAAUCUGUCGGACUUUUCGUCGACCUCUUCACCCUCUGCAGUUCAUCUAUUUCUUGCCCCUCAACGAUAUCUUCGUGUGACAAUUAGAAGUCAUAGCUCUCGUCGAAGUAAGGACCAGACUGCAUUGGGGCUGAACGGAACCUUUCCUUUCGGAUCGUCAGACGCUCGGUACGUUCCCCGAUUUAAACAUUGUAGUCUCUUGCCUCACAUUCUGACUAACAGCUUUUCCAUCAGUUCCACCCUGUAGUUUCAUUGCUUGCCGCCCAAUCCAUAAGUUCUUUUUUGGCCUAUAUGUUAUUCUUAAGCUGCCUAAUUGCCUUGAGAUGUUCCAGUCUUGGAAAAACGCCUCACAAUCUUCUUUCGACAGAAUUUGAGCUCAAUACUUCGGCCAGGGCCUCGUUUCGCGCCCUUUGCCUCUUAAUCCAACGAAUUCUUCGAGUUUUUUUUUUUCUGAACUCUACUAGCGAAGAGUAUUCGCUUGUUAGCGGAAAAAGAAUUCUUUCCUUUCCAAGGAAAGUCGUUGAACCCACGGAAGUUGGGUCCACGUGAAAUAUUUAAUUGCCAUUUUAUUCUUUUGCGGCUUUAUACAUGAGUAGGCGAUUUUAUAGAUGAGAUUAUAGGUCCCUCAUGUUCCCAUCAGCUAGGCAUAGCCCUUAUAACCCUGGCCUAUGAUCAAAUGAUGUUUAGCAGCUGUGCUGAUGACGAAAAGACGUGUUCUUUCUUUUACGUCUCCUUAGGUGAUAAUCUCAACAUAGUAUUAUUAUAUAAUUGUUAAAAAUUCAGACCAUUUUUUUUAGAUUUUUCUUUCUUUUCCACUUUACUCCUCGCCUCGUUUAGCGAGUGGGGUGAAUUAUUUCCUCUUUUCUUCUCGGUCUACUUAUAUUCGUUGUAAUCUGUUUGUCGUGUAAUAAAUUGCUGUUGUUGCCGUUUGCUUUGAAGGGGAUUCUUCUGUCUUAAUUUCACUCGUUGUUAACCAUUGCUUGCCCUCACCUGACGAAAUGUCACGCAUUCGAUUGAAAAUAUGUCACACAUUUGCUCUGCCAUGUUUACAAUGACCAUGAUCUUCAAUUUGCGCGCUGAAUUCCUUCGCGGACUUUACGACAGGGGCACCCAACGAGGAUAUAGUUCAAAACCACUUAACAUAGCAUUGUUAGACGUAUUUUAGUAUUUAAACGGUAGAUAUAGGCAUAUUUUUAUCCUUUAAAAGCUUUUCAUCUGUUCGGAUUUCCUAGCUGAAAGUCUAGUGAUCCGAAAAUUAUAGGGGUCAAAACUUAACUUUUCGAAAAUUUCAGCCAGGAAAAGGCUCCCGAAAAUUCUAGGUGGCCUUUUUUAGGGUAAAUAUCCGUUUAAAAUGGGUAAUUAUACCAUUUUGUAGAUGUUCGAAAAUCCUAGGAGAGGCAGGCAAGCAAGAAAUUUUACAACAAAUGUUCCGAAAAUUCUAGUUCUCAAAUCGUCUUCCGAACAGAUAUUUUCCCGAAAAUUGCCGUUGGGUGCCCCUGUUUACGAGUCUUCAGAUGUCUACUAAGUAUAUACGAAGAAUAGCGCGGAAGUCGAUAUAAGAUAGGUGUAUGUUAUUAUUACGACUAGGGUAUCUAAAAGAUAGUAAUGCUGCGGCACAUUCUGUUGAUACUGGCAUUAGUUAGGCAGUGAGACUUAAAGAAGAAUAAAAAAUGACAUUGAAUGUCCUAUUUACAUGUUGGAAAGUACUAGAAUAAUUACUAUCAGUCUAUAGAAAGAACUUGUGGGAACGUUGUUUAGAAAAUGAUAAAGUGGUUAUCAACUCUGGUUUUCCCACAUUAAAUUGUAAGAAAUAAUAGAAAUUCAGAUUGUUUAUCCAAGACUACAAAUUGCAAAUUAGACUUUUAUCACUUUUGAGUGACAGAUAACUCUAACCAUUCAUCCACUAAGUGUAGCCAAUUCUUUAAGAAACAUUAAAUUGUCAUCGUUACUGUUUUCUGUAGGAUCUCUGAAUCUGUCUCUUUUUUCGUCGUCCUCUUCACCCUUUGCAGUUCAUCUAUUUCUUGCCCCUCAACGAUAUCUUCGUGUGACAAUUAGACGUCAUAGCUCUCGCCGAAGUAAGGACCAGACUGCAUUGGGGCUGAACGAAACCUUUCCUUUCGGAUGGUCAGACGCUCGGUACGUUCCCCGAUUUAAACAUUUUGUAGUCUCUUGCCUCACACUCGUAGUUACUAAAACAUGAAACGACCUAAAACCACCUAAAACCAUCUACAACUACCUAAAACCACCUACAACCACCUCAAAAAAUUCAACAACCACCUACAACCAUUUACAACCACCUCAAAAACAUCUACAACCACUCGCAAACAAUCUAAAACCAUCUAAAACAGGGUAUAAAUGUCUGAAAUAGUUUCACACAAUUGUAUGUAGUCCCGCAGAAUCCUUUAGUCUAGUGUGAACGUGUCUCACUUGUAGAGCCUGAUUUUAUACAGCUAUUAACCCGUUUACAGUUGCAAGAGUUAGAAAACAUUAUAUAAUGAUAUUUGAUAAUUCUUUUCAGCAAAAUGAAUCAAAACGUUCUUACCAGUAACAUCCCUUGGUGGGGAGGGAAGACCCGAAUAUGUGAUCCAAAUUUUUCGUUCCGUUUUAGGUCGUAAAGUUCCAGCUACUCUAGCCUGUGCCAGGCUCUCAGAUAGUAUAGUGGGGACGUAUUUACAACAAGCAAAGCGAAAAUAAGAAGCGCGCAUAUCCUAUCACCCCCAAGAAGAGGGCCGAUUCUCGUAUUUCAUGUUCGUGACAUGUUGUCGUCUCGCCUUAUUUCAGACAUUUAUACCUUGUUUUAGAUGGUUUUAGAUUGUUUGCGAGUGGUUGUAGAUGUUUUUGAGGUGGUUGUAGAUGGUUGUUGAAUUUUUUGAGGUGGUUGAAGGUAGUUUUAGAUGGUUGUAGAUGGUUUUAGGUCGUUCCAUGUUUUAGUAACUACGGCCUCACACUCUGACUAAUAGCUUUUCCAUCAGUUCCACCCUGUAGUUUCAUUUCUUGCCGCCCAAUCCAUAAGUUCUUUUUUCCUGUAUGUCAUUCUGUUAGGCUGCCUAAUUGCCUUGAGAUGUUCCAGUCUUGGAAAAACGCCUCACAAUCUUCUUUCGACAGAAUUUGAGCUCAAUGCUUCGGCCAGGGAUACGUUUCGCGCCCUUUGCCUCUUAAUCCAACGAAUUCUUCGAGUUUUUUUUUUUCUGAACUCUACUAGCGAAGAGUGCUCCUCUCUUGUUAGAGGAAAAAGAAUUCUUUCCUUUCCAAGGAAAGUCGUUGAACCCACGGAAGUUGGGUCCACGUGAAAUAUUUAAUUGCCAUUUUAUUCUUUUGCGGCUUUAUACAUGAGUAGGCGAUUUUAUAUAUGCAUUCGAUUGAAAAUAUGUCACACAUUUGCCCUGCCAUGUUUACAAUGACCAUGAUCUUCAAUUUGCGCGCUGAAUUCCUUCGCGGACUUUACGAGUCUUCAGAUGUCUACGAAGUAUGUACGAAGAAUAGCACGGAAGUCCAUAUAAGAUAGGUGUAUGUUAUUAUUACGAUAAUUGUCUCAUUUGCUGAUUCAUAGUCUUUAUUCAUCCUUCGGAGGUCUUGAAACUGAAAAUGACGAGAAAAAUACGUAAUGAAAUCACGAUGAUCGUUUAUCAAUUCGUGUUUUUUACGGGGCACGUGCACGCUUAACCUUUUGGUUACAGAACAUGAAGAAUAGACAAGACCGUGAGACAAGACAUUUAUUACCAUAAUAUUGCCUGUACAUCAUUGGCACGUUAGCCAAAAACGCUAGUCGUGACGGGCCAAAUUGGUAAUUCUUUUACAAAUCAGAUAAUAUUACAGAUAGUAAGUAAAAAGCAAAGAGAAAAGAAUAGAAUGAAUAUAUGUGUAAUAAAGUAAAAAACAAGAACGACAAAUCUUUUUCAUGCAAGUUGUGAGAGAAGCUAAGGUUUAGGAUUUCGCGAUUAUAUUUCUCGUGUUAUCAUGGUUGCAUUAUUUUUCAUUCUACCUGGUAUUUCAUUCCAUAAUUUUAGUUAACGUCAAAAAUUGCGACGGCUUGGUUUUCAAGAUUAAAUUUUUUGAUGUACAUAUUCUUUUUCGAGGAGUGAUCUUGUGUUAUAAGUAUGAAUAGAUGAUGUCUUCGAGAACAAAUUAACGAUUUUUGAGGGUGCAGUAUUAGUAUAAAUACAGUGGAACCCCGAUACAACGAUCCUCGAUAUAACGAUAUCCCCGGUAUAACGAUAAAUAUGCUAUGUCCCGUCAAAAGUUACAGUAAAAUGUAUGGGACAGAACCCCGAUAUAACGAUCUUCGAUAUAACGAUAUUCCCGAUAUAACGAUAAAUAUGCUAUGUCCUGGCAAAAGUUACUGUAAAAUGUAUGGGACAGAACCCCGAUAUAACGAUCUUCGAUAUAACGAUAUUCCCGAUAUAACGAUGAAGCAAUAAGAUUUUUGUUAAAAGUGUUUUUGACGCCUGUCCCCAAACUGUCAAGAGGCAAGAUUAGAGACCUUAAGCAAGGACGACGAGGACGGCAGUGAAAACGUUGGUAAAAAAAUGAAUUUGCUUUCUUUCAAACUUAAUCGCGUCUAUUUGGACCCGCUCAAUAUGUUAAAUACAGGCGACGUUUCCUGGAGUUAAAUUCUUAAGAAUUUUAUUCAGGUUCAAAAAGAUCAAGGAAAAUUCGGCGUCGUUUGUCCACGUCCUCCAUAGAUCGUCUAAUUAGGAGGUUUCACGUCGUAGUCGUGCAAAGGACGUCAAAGAAAUGUACUAAAAAGAGUGAUGCACGUGUAGAGCUGUUGUUUUGAUAAUUAAACCUAUAGCCCUUUUUUUGAAGUCGUCGUUGUCGUCGUGGUUGUAGUUGCUUAAGCUCCCUAAGUAUUAACGCACGGUAUAUAUAAUUAUAUUUAAUUUACUAUUCACGAAUUACAUUGUUACCGCUGCGCCACAUGGGAACAUACCGUAAAGGUGAUGAUAAUGUUUUAUUUAAACCCUUUCCCUUAGAACUUCAGCCACCACACCCUGUUUAAGCUGAUAAAGCCCUAUUCAAAACUAUUUUUGAAGAGAGUGACAUGUGCUUUAAGGUAAAAACCCGAACUUAAACGCAUUUUAUCGCAUUUAAAGAACAGAUGCCCAACAGAGACGAUACGGUAUAUGCUAAUUCAUUGGAACAAAAGAAAGUUUUUAUAUAAGAAAAGAGUUCAACUCCCACAGCAUUGGUUUGAAACACUAACAAGACCGCCGUUUUAAUGUUUUGGAACAUGAAUAUGGCCGCCGUGACGUCAUGUGAAAACGCUUUAUAACCUCGUAUGCGAGCAAAAUAUGUGUUUUUUUUACCUCGUUUUCACUCAUAUCCUAAGGCUAAUGAUCCAAAUCGCUUCCAUUUUCUCUUAAAAGUACUUUUACCUUCGAAAUUCAUCGCAAAAAGCACUUAUAGACUCCUAAAACGGGCGCUAAAAAAACCCAACCCGUACCGAUAGAAAUAUGACCAAAGCACUGUUCGUAAAGCAAGCCUAUCAGUUGCCUGAAAACCAACAAUGCGUUGACGUAAAGGCGGACACCGACCAAACUCGAUAGAUUUAUAGCAAAGAGACUUUUCACGCUUGCCUUGCGAUCCUCGUGGGAGUCACGCGCGAUGCACGCGCUUCGUGCGCGACGAGAUUAUAAACCUCGCUCCGCUCGGAAUAAUCCGUAGUUCCUCUUAUAUUGUUAAUCACAUUUUUGUUACUUAAAAAAAUAUUUAGUAUUUAUAGUUUCCUUCAUUUAAAACCAAAAUGUUUAGAAACAAUGGGAGAUUUUUUGGCAGUAAUUUCAAGUCUGAUAGUUCUGGGUAAAAAUUGACCCUAAGCUCCCUAUUCUGGUGCUUUGAGAACUGGGGAUGAUCUCAAUUUUGCAGAAUAGUUUGACUGUUGUUUGAAAGACAAUCAUAUGAUAUUACAAUCAGUUUUGGAGACAGCAAUAAAUACUUGUAAAUCAAAUGCCAAAAUCAGAUUUAGAUUUGCUUUAAGAAACUGAACAUGCCGCAGAUUUUUUAAUGCAAAGUUGUGAACAACUCAAAACAGUGUGCAAAUACUUCUUAGUUCAAAAAAAUCAAUUUUUCUUGUAGACGUUUCAACCAAGCAAAGACUUCGUCUUCCAUUGCUAGUCUACGAGUGUGCUCUAAAAUACAUUACUACAGCAAGCUAGAGGCAAGUCUUGUGAGUUCGUAAGACGCUAAACUGCUUAAAAGCUAAGCUUAAAUUCUUGCCAUCAACUUGGCUUGGACCGUUUUUAAUUACAAAACGUUCACAUUUGUCUGCUCUAUUUUUAAUGAACAUGGUUUUUGAAAUGAUUUUGUACUAAUUUAACUCAAAAAUUAUAAAUUGGUCAUAAACCUUUUAAAACCGACCAAAAUUAAGCUUAACAUGUUCAAUGUAAACAAAUUAGACUUUAUAAUCACUUUUUUUCAACAUUGUUUUGUGGGUCGAAAAAAGUACCUUCACGCAAAAAUAAAAACAAAUAAACUUUUAUUCGACAUAUUUUCGAUAAUGUCACUUGCAUCGAUUUUCGCAUGGAAAUUUUCCUAAUUAUAUAACUUGAUGCUGAGCUUAGUGCUUGAAACUUCUCAUUUAAUUUUAUUUUACACCAAUUGAGAAACAAAACCGCUUUUUUUUCUUGAGCUGGUAUUUGCUUGUUGUUAUCUUCCAGUACCGCUUCGCUUCUAUUCCCGAUUUUAGAUGUAGAAAGUCUAGGAAUAAAGUUGUUUGUUUGGAAAAGCGCGUAAAGGUUGCGACUAUAUCCUUAAAAUAUUAUCAAGACGAUAACUGGUAAAUACCACGAGCCACAAUGUUUGAUGACUAUCUAAAUUAAAACGUGUUUGAAAAGACAACGGCUAAUUGGCUCUAAAUUCUUUAAAAUCGGAUGGGGCACUAAAAUUUCUCGUUUUACAAUACUGUCACGGAAUCGUGUAACCGGGCGUAUAAUCAGGCCCAUACUCUGUAACCGCAUUAAUUUCCAAAGGUAAACCCCGAUAGCUGUUAUUCUUAGGAAUUACUAAGAUUUUCUUCCUAGGGAAUUCCCAAGAAUUGCCAGAGACCCCUAAAUCUCUUAAAAGUUACAACGGUGCGUUUCAGUUGAUUUGGAAUCUGGGAGUCAGAGGAGGUUUGAGUGGUGGAGUGGUGGUUUUUGACGAAUAGCUGAAAGUUCCGGAAUACCACCUGGGGAAAAACCUCUUGUAGCAACAGAGGGAACCGUUGCAACAAACAGAAACCAUACGUGGCUUCGCGGCAGGGGUAUUUUGCAAAACGCUGAUUGGCCGCCGAAUAACUCUGAAGUUUAGUGAUUAGGAUUAAGAAACUCAAUGCAUCAAGUUUAAAGUCAAGCUUCCCAGUACUGUAAUGACCCUAAAAAGAACCUGAGUUACUCGGUUUCCUACCCCUACCACUAAACUUCAGAUUUAUUCGGCGUUAUACGAAAUACCUCUCCUGGUGGCGCCGUCGACGCCGGGACUUGACUGGGCCAACAACUUACACCGCAACUCUUGACUCUUCAGAGGAACCCAACGACGGUUUCCUCCUAAUCCAUUGAAAAUACUUCCUAGGCUAUCCAGAGAACUUUUGGAUCUCUUGAAACGCGUUCUAAGCGGCGCUAUAAAAUAGGCCAUUUCCGAGUUCCCCCGGGCCUCUGUUUCAAAACGAGGGUAGGUGCUCAGCCUUUGAUAUGGAAAUCAUUUUUCAUUCUCAUGCAAAUAAAACUCAUUUUCACAAGAAAGGUUGUGCACCUAGCCUCAUUUUGAAAGUGAAGGUUUUUGGAACUCGGAAGUGGCCUAUUUGAAUCUGUUCGGUCAUCCUAGGGGAACUUGAGUCUUUUCGAGAUUACAAGGGCGUCAGUAUUAUUGUCCCGAAAAUUUUAGAUGCAAUUUAACGUAUCACGAAAGUGAGGAUUUUACUGAUUCCUCUCUCCAUCACAUUUUUGAAUCCAAAAAUUUUAGGUUUCAUUUUUCUACGAAAAAGAGCCCAACCUCGCCGGGGAGUGAGAUAUGAAAAAUUAAACUUUCACAAAUCAUAGGGAAAUUAUAAGAUAAGCUUCGAAAAUUGUACAUGAGUGGAACGGUCAUCUAGAAAUUUUAGCCGUCUUUAUGCAUCAGUCAAUUCCACCUGCGCCCAGCCCCCCCCCGGGCUACCACGGGGCAUUUGCCCAUAUUGUCAGUCCCGGGGGUGGGGCAUUUGCAAAUUUUGCACUGCCCGGGGGCCGGGCAUUUACCAACCCCCGGGCCAUUCCCGAGCUUUUGACACGCACGCGGUUUCCUAUCAGAAUAUAACUACACAGAAGGUUUUACUGGAAAAAAAGCAGAUUGGCUCAUCUGUCAAGGAUAGGAAUAAAUUGUAGAGGGUUGUAAAGGCAUGUUCUCGAUUUUACCUGUAUGUAUGCAUUUCUUCAUUGCUUUUCGAGCCAGAAUUACAUAGUGACAUGAUUGGAGCUAUCGAUGUCAAUCAACGUUUUUUGGUUAUUGAAUCAAAUUUCUGUUGAUAUUAUUUGAAGAACAUCUUUUCAUAUUUAUAAAACUAUUCAUAACAUAUAACUUUACAGCGCUCUAUUAAUUUUAAUGUCAAUAAUUUUAUAUCAAUACUAAAACCAUAAACUGGUGCAUGUCGUCGCGGCGUGAAGUCUUAAUUAGAAUCCUCAGCGCUAUUACAAAGGAAGACGUUAAUUGAAACAAAAAAAUCGCACAUUGAAAUGCUUAAAAUGGCACUAUUUGACUGUGCGAUCAAUGAAAAAUGUUGCAGUGUUGACGCAGGACGGGGCAUUUGCCCUCUUUUUUCGUCCCCACCCCGAGGGAUUUGACAGCUCAAGAGUCCCCACCCCCGGGAAUUUGCCACCCAAGGCACAAAAAAUGCUAAUACCGGGGGUCAGCCCGGGGGGGGGCUGGGCGCAGGUGGAAUUGACUGAUGCAUUAAUCAGAAGAAAAUUCUAGGCAACAUCUGCUUCCCCGAACAGAUAUUUUACAGAAAACAGUCGUUAGGUGUCCCUGACUCUUGCUCUUUGAGUUGCUGACAUUUCGUGUGGUGAUUACAAACUCAAUUCCGUCUUUUUAUUUGUGUAUAUUUAUGUCUUAUAGAUAAAAUUCUUUCUCAAAGCCUUACCCAAACCGGAAUGAGUGUUAACAGGCGUUACAUUUGGCUUCUUGCAAUCUUGAUUGGUUCGUUCUUUGGAUAUUACAUGGUAUUCAAGUCACCCCACUCUGUUAGUCAACUUCGCGCCCGCGUUCAUAAUCGAGAUCUAAACAAGACUGCGAACCUUACGGAAAGAGUUGCUACCAACACUGCAGACGUUGCUGGUGAUGAACGCCUCCUAAUCGGCCAUUAUGUUUCUAGAUUUGACUCUGUAAUUGGGAAAGAGUUCAUUUUUGAUAAUUCAACUUUAGCUGUGGUGAGAAGUGUUCUUCGGGAUCAAACGUUCAAGCGAAAGCCAAUCGAGUCCAUCGAUGCCAAGACGCCUUUUUUCGAUCUCGUGGCUCCUGUAACUGCGUGUUCAAGUAACCACUACAGAGAAUUCAAACCUCACAUCGAAGAUUUUAGAAAGAAUUUCCCUGGUAAGAAAUGUUAUUUUUACGAUCUUGGACUUAGUGACGAGCAGAUCAGUGAAGUUAGAAAGAUGCCUGACAUUGUGUACAGAAAAUUCGACUUUAAUGCGUACCCACAACACAUUACUAACUUGCGUAAUUAUGCUUGGAAAGUGCUGAUAAUUCAAGAAAUGCUCUCUGAAUUUGACGGAACAAUGUGGUUUGAUUCAUCUGUAAAAUUCGAAGGAAGCGUAACCAAUGCUCUAAUAGAACUUAUGUCCCGCCACAACACCGGAGCAGUGUUUUACCUCAGGACAACCGGCCACUCCAUAAUAGCAGCUACUCAGCCGGGAAUGCUGGAGUACUUACCGAUUAUAAAAGAAGGCGGAGUUAGGGACAUGCUUCAGGCUAGUGCAGUGGUUUACAUCAACAAGGAUGAAGUACAAAGGCAUAUAAUGAAAUGGCUUGUGAUUUGCGCCCUCCAAUUGGACUGUAUCGCACCACCCGGUUCAAAAUUAUUUUGUGGCUAUAACUUUCCUCGAGACAGGUUUGGGGGUUGUCACAGAUAUGACCAGUCUCUGCAAAAUAUACUUGUCUCGAACGCUUAUAACCAUGAACAAGAGAAAUACCAUUACUGGAGUGACGAUUUUGCCGUUAUGGCCCGGGGGUAA